AUGGCAUCAAGCAGAUUCGGGAACGCGACGCUUCACCAGCGCGACUCGCGCAGCCAGCUGUUCGAGGGCUACAAAGGCAGCGGCUCCGAUGCAUCGAGGCGGCAGUACAGCGCCAGCCCGGCCUCCGUAGGCGGCGGCUACGGAUACGGCGGGUACCCGGGCGCGAACAACAACGGCAAUGGAGGGCAUCUGGGCGUCGAGAACAGGGGCUUCAGGCCCGCGACGCCGAACUCGAGGGGCCAAUACGAUACCGCGACGCUCGACGAGCUCGAGAGCCAGAAUGACCAGGAGGUCUCGGGAAUCAUGAGCAAGGUCAAGGUGCUCAAGACGCUGUCGGUGGCCAUGGGCGAGGAGAUCCGCGACUCGUCGGCCAUGAUGGACAAGAUGAACGACACGUUCGACACGACGCGCCUGCGGCUGCGCGGCACCAUGAACCGCAUGAUGAUCAUGGCCGAGAAGACCGGCGUCGGCUGGAGGGUGUGGCUCGGCUUCUUCGCCUUCGUCAUCCUGAUAUUUGUCUACGUCUGGCUGUUCUGA